CCCUCAGCGGCUGGGCGGCUAGUUUAAGUUGCCAUAGCGGCGAGUCUGGGGAAGAGUAGAGUCGGUUGCGUCGCAGUAUUUGGACAGUUGCACCUUCUGGGUCACAGGUGGCGACGGGAGCCUGAUUUAGCCUCUGUAAUGAUCGAGCACUAAGGACCUGGGGUCGCCCUCUGUCUCAGGUGCUCUGGGGAAAGCGUAGGGGCCGCCUGAGCUCACCCGCUUGACUAGGCCUGUUGCCCCGCACCCCAUGAAGAAAUGAUAGGAGGCAGACAUAUGUGCCAGCAAAGAGCACUGAGCUCAGAGGAGAGCGGCACGGAGUUUUGGGAGUGUACUUUGGUUUGUGUACACCGAUGGCAGAAUCAUCCAGCGAUUCAGACCGCUUCUUCUGUCGUGAGCGACUGAGUAGAUGGGCUGCCAGGUCAACUCACAAGGGAGUUCGAGGUCAUCCUGCGGUAGACGUUACCGAGAAGGUCCACAGCAUAACAAGCACGUUACAGGAUACCAGUCGGAACCUGCGACAAGUGGACCAGAUGCUUGGACGAUACCGAGAAUAUAGUAACGAACAGGCGGGUGCGAUAGAACAACUAAAAGAAAGCUUGGAACAUUCGAUAGGUCAACUACGAAGUCAACGUUUAUUCAGAAACUCAGGAGGGAGAAGUUUCUCCGUUCCGAGUCUGAGUGCCAGUGAGUUUGAUGACGACAUUGUGACAGAGAGCCAUCACGUUUCACCUACCUCACCUCUCAAGGACUAUGGGGACUCCCAGGGCAUUAAACGAAUUAGAUCUAAGACCGGCGUCCGGUUUGUUCAGCAGCCUGGAGACAUGGCCCAGCUUCACGCUUUCCAUCAGUCCCUCCGAGACCUCAGCAGUGAGCAGGCUCGCCUUGGACAAGAUUUCAACAGGGAACUCUCCCGAAGAAGCCGAUCAGAUGCUGAAACAAAAAGAGUUUUGGAAGAAUUGGCUGAAAAACUUAAUGAAGCCCAGAAACAAGAAGUGGUUUCCGAUCGGGUGGAGCGAAGGCUUCGGGAAAUUGAGAGAGAGAUGCGCACAGAAAGAGAGCUGGUGGAAAGACGGCAAGAUCAGCUGGGGCUUAUGUCCUUGCAGCUACAGGAGGCACUGAAGAAGCAAGAAGUUAAAGCAGAUGAGAAUGAAGACGUAAUUAAAAAUAAGCUAAGACAAACUGAAAAUGAGAAGAGUCAACUUGCACAGGAAUUGGAGCUGUCUCGAAGGCUACUGACUCAGUCUGAAGGCAGCAGAGAGACUCUGCUGCAACAGGUCCAGGAGCUGCGAACACAGUUAACGAAAGCAGAAGGCGAUCGGAAAGGUUUACAGCAUCCAGCAUCUCAGGUUGCCAGGCAGUCGAGCCAUCAGGAUGAGCAAGGAGAUGACUGGAAGUUUAGAAGAGGAGUGGAGCGGGAAAAACAGGAUAUGCAGAAGCAGAUGUCGGAUUUUAGAGUGCAGCUGAACCUGAGCACCAUGGCGUCUGAGUUGGAGGAGGUGAAGCGGUGCGUGGAGCGCAAGGACAAGGAGAAAGCGCACUUGUCAGCCCAAGUCCAGAAUUUAACGCACGAGUUGGAGAGCAGGGAAAAACAGCAGUUGCACAUGCUGAAUCAGCUCAAGGAGAUCCAAAAUCACUUUGACACGUGCGAGGCUGAGCGCAAGCGGGCUGACCUCCAGAUCGCGGAGCUGACGCAGCACGCCGACGAUGCCACCAAGCAGGCCGAGCAGUACCUCGCUGAGCUGCAGCGGUCCGAGGCCCUGAGGGAGGAGGCGGAAAGGCGCAGAGAAGACCUGAAGCUCAAAGCCCAGGAAUCCAUCAGGCAGUGGAAACUGAAGCAUAAGAAACUAGAGCGAGCAUUGGAGAAACAGUCUGAAACUCUUGAUGACUUGACAGAAAAGAACAAUCAGAUUCUGAAAGAAAAGGAGGAAUUGAAAAGCCAGCUUUAUACAGCAUUACAACAAAUAGAGAAUCUGAGAAAGGAGUUGAAUGAUGUCAUAAGCAAGCGCGCCCUUCAAGAGGAGGAGCUUCACUCCAAGGAAAAGAAGUUAAGUGACGCUGAAUCUCAUCAGGCUGAACUGGAGCUGGAAGUCAAGAAUUCGCUAGAGAACACCCAUAGAUUAGAAAGUGAAUUGAAAAAACACAGUAAGAUUCAAAGCCAGAUGAAAGCUGAGAAAGCCCACCUGGAGGAAGAAAUCAGUGAGCUGAGGAAGAGCCAGGCUCAGGACAAGGCCAGACUCCUUGAGAUGCAAGAGUCCAUCAAGGACUUGAGUGCCAUUCGAGCAGAUCUUGCUAACAAGUUGGCCGAGGAAGAGCGAGCCAAGAGAGCGGCGCUCAAGGACCUUGCUGACCUUACCACACAGGCCAAGUGCAAGGAUGAAGAAACAGCUACGGUCAUCACACAGUUAAAGCUAGAACGGGAUGUUCACCAGAGGGAGCUGGAGGAUCUCACAGCCUCACUGCAGAGUGUGAAAACGAAGCACGAGCAAAAUAUCCAGGAGCUGAUGAAGCACUUUAAGAAAGAAAAGACCGAAGCGGAGCAUCACAUUAGGACACUAAAGGCCGAAAGUCUAGAAGAUAAGAAUAUAGCUAAAGCCCAUCGUUGUCAGCUGGAGAAGCUGAAGUCACAGUGUGAGAGGCUGACAGAGGAACUAAGCCAGAAUGAAAAUGAGAAUAAGAAAUUGAAGCUAAAAUAUCAAUGUUUGAAGGAUCAACUAGAAGAGAAGGAAAAACAUAUAAGCAAUGAAGAAGAGCACCUGCGGAGGAUGGAAGAGGCCAGACUGCAGCUCAAGGACCAGCUGCUUUGUCUGGAGACGGAGCAAGAAUCCAUCCUUGGUGUGAUAGGGAAGGAGAUCGAUGCAGCUUGCAAAACCUUCUCCAGGGACUCGAUGGAGAAAUUGAAAGUUUUUUCAUCUAGUCCUGAUAUCCACUAUGAUCCACAUCGCUGGUUAGCGGAAAGCAAGACUAAACUUCAGUGGCUCUGUGAGGAACUGAAAGAGAGAGAGAACAGAGAGAGGAGUCUGCGCCACCAGCUGCUGCUCUGCAGAGAACAGCUCCGGGAGCUGACGACGAACAAGGAGUCUGAGCUGCAGUGUCUCUUCGAGCAGAUAGAGAGGCAAGAGCACCUGCUGGAAGAGAUUCACCAGGAGAAGAGAGAUCUGCUGCAGGAGACCCAAAGAAAAAAUGAAGAAAUGGAAUCUCUUCAGGACCGUGUGCAUGUGUUAGAAACGAGUACCCGUGUGGCUUUGGACCAUCUGGAGUCUGUGCCUGAAAAACUGAGCCUCCUGGAAGAUUUCAAAGACUUCAGAGGUUCCCGCAGUUCAUCCGAGAGAAUUGAUGCCAGAUACUCCAAUUCCACAGCUCCCAGAGCUUCUCCUCAGCAGUGCCGAGAUGAUACCAAGUACAGAAUCAAAAGCUUCAAAGGUGACAGAACCUUCUCUGAGGGUCCCCCUAUUUAUGGGUUGGAUCUUUCAUCCUCAUGGCUAGAUCACAGUUGCUUCCUGUCUAGUCCACGAUUUUCACACUUGAACUCAUUCACUAAAAGAACUGUUGCUCCAGAUGCGGGUUCUACCAAGGAGGAUGCUACAAGUUUAUCACUUAGUGGAACCGGUCCCCAGUCAAAGGAGGAGUAUGAGAGCAGAAAAGGCAAAAUGUAACCAGUGAUUUCACAUGAAUGUCUCACCAGUGAAGGUCACUUACCUACGCUUGCUGCUGUUGUCCUAACUUGUCUUAGCAGAAGAACACCUGAGGCAUUGGCUCUCUGCUAUUGCCGACUGUUAACAACACCAAAAUGAUAAUACGAUAGGACCUUGUGAAUGAUAGAACUUAAACCAAUGCAAAUAAUAUCAAGUACUGAGUGGUGUGCAGGUAUUUAUUGGCACCCUGUGCCAACAGAGGAAGAGUAAUACUUUUCAUUUUGCAUUUCCCCUUUUCAAGUGUGGUCAGUCACAUUUUCCUGAUCACAAUUUGGGUUUGUAAUUGAGGCCUUUCAGAAAUUACUGGCUAAAAAGGAGGAAAAUCAGUUUCCCUUAAGGUGAAAGUGCUAGCACUUUAGAUUCACGGAGCAUUUAUAUACGGUUGAUUUUUUUUAAUGCUUUCUCCCUAAUAAAUUAUCAUGUGUUAUAACAUGUCAUGGAGAUAUGCGAAUGCAAUAUUAGGUGGUCUGCUUUGUAAAUGUUCAAAAUGUUUGUAUUCAUCAUCUCUACAGUUUAUUACUACCAUAGUUUCUUAAUAUUAUUUCCAAUCAUCCAUUUUUUUGUUAGCAAUAAAGAAGUUUUAAAUGAUACCUGAAUUGCAGAGCAAGAAAAGCACUUACAUCACAAUUUAUUUGUCCUUCUGCAGCUGAAUGUCCCACUGUGAUCACUUCAUUCAUGCCCUGGUUGAUCUUGGGGUUGCUGUGACCGAAAUCACAGCACCAAAUUCUUGUGCCCAUGAAAUUUAAUCUGCAGAGGUUCUCAUACCAUUUGUACUGUAUGUCUGCUUUUAGCCUUGUGUUUUUCUAAUAUCAGAGUGUUUUCAAGAACUUGUUCCUUUUACAUGGUGAGUUACCAAUGGAAAGAGAUUUAUAUUAAAAUACUAAAAAAAAAAAAGAGGGUGAGCAAUCAAGAGCUUUGUAUUGUCUGUCACAUUUUAUGUUUGUUAAACAUCUUGUUACACUUACAUUCUUUAGUUUCUACCAAAGAUAUAUGUUUGCAGAUUACCACUGC